AUGGCGUACAAUGCCGUUGCUCAGAUUGACCACGAGGUGGCUUCGAACUCCUCCGCCUCUGCAUCACGCAGCCCCUCACCCGCCGGGCAUGCAUUUGAACAGCUGCCGCUUGAUACUGAUCACAUCGGGGGAGGAAGUCACCUGGAACCUGCGAAAACCGCGGACGGUUUCGACUUGGGAUCGAUGAUCCGCUCUAUGACUUCCAACAGCUACGAUAUGGUCGACGACGACGACUAUGACCCGGAUCCUCCCCAGCGAUCCGACAGCAUUCGUCGCGUUCCUCCCCUUAACACCGCUGUCGCGCGACAACACUCUCCCGAACCGCCCCUCCGCAGCGCAUGCAGCGAGACUCCCGUGCCUUUGAGCCACCCGAUCCCGGAUUUGCAAUCAAUACAAGGCGCCUAUGUCGGAAAUGUGGAGAGGUUGGAACAGAGCGCGGAACAACUGAGCUCGUGUUCCGCCGACAUUGGGAGUGAGAUUCGUCGGUUGGACCAAGAGCAAAAGCAGCGCUCAUGCAGCUCAGCCGCUAACUCGGUUAAUCUCCGAAACGACGCAUUUUCACCCACCGGAACCAUUUCUUCUGUGCACGAGUCCAACGUGUCGCCUGCGCGCCUGCGCUCUGUAUCAGGAUCGCGUCUUGCACAGGUCUCGGAGCCCGCGCACGAUGAGCAUGGGUAUGAAGUAAAUGAGUUCCCGGGGCACCCUUACAACCCACAAAGUGACUAUUAUUAUGAUCACCAUGGCCAACAAGGUGUCCCUGCGGAGACAGAGUUGGAGCGACGGGCCUCGGUCGCGUCGGUCGACACCUUCCAGCAGGCACGCACGCUGUUCACUGAUUUUGAUGGCGUGCACUUCGCACCAUUGGAGCGCGGCGCAUCUGGUCGACAGGUUCCUCUAGACCGUCCGCCGCUUGCUCGAAACCGAGAAUCAUAUAAGGAGCCGAGAAUGGGAGAGAAUAUGGUGUACUAUCCCGCCCCUGUUCCUCGCAUGUUGAACCUCCCCCCGAAGUUAUCUCGCAAAACGAAUAUCGACCGAGAAAAGCGUCGAACCCAGAUUAUGGGCGCAAUCGCCGCCGAAGAUAAAAACCCCACCACUUCUGUCGAGCAACAAAGCCCAAACAAUAGCCAAAACGAGAAAAGAAAGUCCACCGUGCCGCCACAUUUGCGUGCAAGUGUCUUUUUCGAGCAGCCGACCUCGUCUCUCCAUGUUCAAAUGAAGCAAGACUCUGCGGUUGCAACGCUGGACAGUAUUUUAGACGCAUCUGCCAAUGCUCCAGUUUCCGCUUUCACCGAUCAUCCUUAUGCUGGACAUCUCGGAGCACAGGCGCACAAGUCGAAGCGCAGGACGUCUUCGAAUUUGCGGAACACCGUCGGCCACUCUCACAGUACCAGCGAUGCAGCUGAAAACGAUGAUUCUGCCACCGUGCACCUUCAAUCGGAAACCGGGCACGAUAAUCAAGUGAGGCAUGAUCAUGGCCACGAGUCAGGAAGCACGGGCUCGGAGAGUGGCGAGGAAACAUCAGAAACUCAGGACGAAGAUGACGAGGAGCUGGAUUAUGUUAGCCCACCAAACACGUUGCUCGCUGAGCUGGAGUUGCGGAAGCAUGAGUUGAAGCACAGACGCCGCACGGCAGUUCCCAUGCCUUACCCGGGUAUGCAGACCACUCUGCUGCAGAUGGACGAGAGGGCUCAGCAGCAAAGCGACAAGCGACGACAACGUCCUAUCGCAUUAGCCUGGGAAAAUCGAGAGGAAGACGAGGAUGUUCCUUUGGCAAUCCUUUACCCCAACCAGGGCAAUGCCGCCCUCGAAGAUCGACCGUUGGGAUUGAUGGAGAAGCGACAGCAGGAAGAGAACGAGCCCUUGAGCUCACGCCGGGCUAGGCUGCGGGGUGAGCCUGUGCCAUUGCCGCAGCCACAGCCUAAUGUAGCUGAUACGACUCAUCCCCCAAGAUCGACCUCGGAACCAGCUGCCGAGAGUGGGGAUGAAGUUGAGACCCUUGCUGAGCGCCUCCAACGACUGAAAGGACACAACCGCUCCGAAAGUAGGUUUGCCAGUGAGUUGAUGGCCGAGAUCGACACUCGGGCCGGCAUUGUACCCACAGUCAUUGAGACACCACCAGAAACCAAUGAGGAAGAAACCCUCGCCCAGCGUCGUAGCCGUCUCCAGAAAGAGGCCGCUACUGCGCUCGAACCCCCAAAGCCACGAGUACGAAGAAGCAUGGCUGCGCUAACGCAAGGCCGUCCCUCCCAUCUCGCUCGCCAGCCCUCGCAUGAUUACUUGGCCCAGCGACCUGUCACCAUGUCCCAAUACGGGAACCGGAUGUCGAUGCAGAAUUUUUCCUCGAAUACGGGCUACCCGAUGGCAGCCGGGUACCCAAUGCGGCCCCAAUAUGCACACUCAAUGAUGCACCCAUCUGGUUAUCCCAAUAAUUUUGCGAUGAUGGGCGCGACAGUGGGACAUGCUCCCAACACGACUGCGCCAACAGCUAGCCAGCUUGGACCUGAUGUGAUCGACAGAUGGAGGCAGAGCAUCCGUUGA